AUGAAUAUUGCGCUUUUAGCAAAAUGGGUCUGGAGAUUUGGAGUUGAAAAAGAACGACUUUGGUGUAGGAUUAUUUCUGAAAAACAUGGUGCAAUGUCUUCUCAUUGGUUACCUGGUAAAGUUUUUAAUCCAAGUGGGAUAUCUUGUUGGAAAAUCAUUGUAGAAACAAGUUCUCUGAUUAAUACUUGUUCUAAAUUCACUAUACAUUCGGGUAUAAAAGUGUAUUUCUGGUUUGAUAGGUGGAAUGGUGUUGAUUCUCUUAAAUUUUCUUUCCCAAAUCUUUUUAGAUUGGCAAAGGAUAAAUUUUCUUCAGUCAUAUCUCAUAUUGACAAUGGUAAUUGGGUCUUUGAUUUCAAUAGGAGAUUACUAGAUAAAGAGGUUACUCAAUUUGCAUCGCUACUUCUCAGAAUUGGUUCCUCACCUCCACCUCUAAAUAACAUGCCUGAUACAAGAAGAUGGAGCUUAGGGAAUAAUGGAGUUUUUUCUGUCAAGACCCUUUACUAUGAGCUAGUCAAACUAGUUAGCGUAAGUGAUUUUCCUCCCAAGUUUGUCUGGAAUUCAAUCAUUCCUCCUAAAGUCUUUUUUUUUGUUUGGUGCGCUGUACAUGGAAAGCUCAACACUAAAGACCUGUUGCUUCGGAAAGGAAUGACUUUGGAUCAAGAAUGCAUCAUGUGCGGAGAUGCUAUAGAAACUUCUGGUCAUUUGUUGCUUCACUGCAAAGUGACUUAUAAGUUAUGGUUAAAUCUAAUUCCUACAGGAUGGUGUUGGAUAAUACCGAACUCUUUUUUGGACUUGGUUCAAGGUUGGCAGCAGCUGAAUCAAAGUAGUAAUUCAUUGUAUUGGAACUUGAUACCAGCAGCUGUGGUGUGGGUUAUUUGGGGAGAAAGGAAUGCUCGAACUUUUGAGAGUUCACACACUUUCAAAACAGAUAUUGAUCUCAUUAUUGAAGCCAAAUCUCUGAUUAUUUCUUGGGCUUCAGUUUUUGGCCAUAUUAUUGUCUCUGCAGGUGACAAUUGGGAUGCCAUCUUUUCGUAG